GCAGCUGCUCGCUCACCGUCUCCAGUCGCCUCCAGAGUUUCCGCAAACAACCAGUGAGUGGAGCCUGCCGGCGCAGAGCCGUCUCGAGCUUAUCCCGGAGCCUGAAUCGAGCAGAGCCAGCCUGAACUAGCCCAGUCCGGUGAUGGAGCAUCCACAGCCCGACAGCAUGCCCCAGGAUUUGUCUGAGGCCUUGAAGGAGGCCACCAAGGAGGUACACAUCCAAGCCGAGAAUGCUGAGUUCAUGAAGAACUUUCAGAAGGGUCAGGUGUCCAGAGAAGGCUUUAAGCUGGUGAUGGCUUCCUUGUACCAUAUCUACACGGCCCUGGAAGAGGAGAUAGAGCGCAACAAGCAGAACCCAGUCUAUGCCCCACUCUACUUCCCUGAGGAGCUGCACCGAAGGGCUGCCCUGGAGCAGGAUAUGGCCUUCUGGUAUGGGCCUCACUGGCAGGAAACCAUCCCUUGCACGCCAGCCACACAGCACUAUGUAAAGCGUCUCCACGAGGUGGGAUGCACUCACCCUGAGCUGCUGGUGGCCCACGCAUAUACCCGCUACCUGGGUGACCUCUCAGGGGGUCAGGUCCUGAAGAAGAUUGCACAGAAGGCUAUGGCCUUGCCCAGCUCUGGAGAGGGCCUGGCUUUUUUUACCUUCCCAAACAUCGACAGCCCCACCAAGUUCAAACAGCUCUAUCGUGCUCGAAUGAACACUCUGGAGAUGACACCUGAGGUCAAGCACAGGGUGACAGAAGAGGCUAAGACCGCCUUCCUGCUCAACAUUGAGUUGUUUGAGGAGCUGCAGGUGAUGCUGACAGAGGAACACAAAGACCAGAGUCCCUCACAGAUGGCAUCUCUUCGUCAGAGGCCUGCUAGCCUGGUGCAAGAUACUGCCCCUGCAGAGACACCCCGAGGGAAACCCCAGAUCAGCACUAGCUCAUCCCAGACGCCGCUCCUCCAGUGGGUCCUCACUCUCAGCUUCCUGUUGGCAACAGUGGCAGUGGGAAUUUAUGCCAUGUAAAUGCAAUGCUGGCCCCCAGGGGCUGUGAACUCUGUCCAAUGUGGCCUUCUCUCUGAAAGGGAGAAUCUUGCCUGGCUCUCUUCUCUUGGGCCUCUAAGAAAGCUUUUGGGAUCCCUAGCCCACUCCCUGUGUCUUCCUCUCUCUCUGGAAUGGAGGGAGAUACCUGACACAGAUCCCUCACCAAAAGCACAUCCAGCCAGUGGCCUGAACUUUGAAACCAGCAGCUCCAAAUCUUGCAGCAGAGCCCCAAAACUGGCCUGUAAAAGCAGCUGUUCUGAGCCCAGUGCCCAUGGUUGUUAGCAUCCAUGUUGACUGACCACGACUACUUUCCCCCAGUGUCGUGGCCACUUUGAUAUCCGUUUCCAGACAUUUCUGUCUUGUAUUUCUGUCUUGUUUUUUUAUUAUUUCCCCAGUUCUACCAGAGUAAUGGUGUUUUGUUGUUUUGUUUUGUCUUGUUUUUUCCUAACAAAGUGGGGCUAUCUUUUGAGGGGUGGGUGGGAAAGAGGUAUUUAAUAGUUGUAACCUUGGUCUUUAACUUCUGUGUGAAAUAAUAAAUGGCAUUAUCUAACAGUCACUA